GCCUGGAGGAAAUGGCGCUCACUCUCUCUCUAGUCUACAAGUGGAGUAUUUGAUUAAAAAGUCUUUCCCACUCAUACUUCCUUGUCCGUCUCUCUCACUUCGCCUUGCUCGUCUCUCCUCUACCAGCUAAUCGGUCCGACCGUCGUCGAUGUAGCCCUCGUCCGUCGCCGUCUCUCUCUUUACCGCGUUCUUUCCACUCUCUCUCUCGCUCGCUCAGCUCACUGUCAAGAAGCCGUUCGGUUCUUGAUUCCGCAUUGUAGGUGGUGGGGCCUUUCAAUGUGCCUGCAAGACUCCUAUCUUACUUGUUUUGUCCAAUUUGGGCGCAUGUAGGUAUAGUUGAUCAUUUGGCUUGCCUUUCUAAGGAUAUCCGGUGAGUUACUGCUAAUGGCACCAAAUCCUAGAGUUUCAAAUGCCUUUCGUGCGAUGAAAGCUAUUGGAAUUACUGAAGAUAAAGUGAAGCCGGUGUUAAAAAGGCUUCUAAAAUUAUAUGACAAAAAUUGGGAGCUCAUUGAAGAGGAGAACUAUAGAGUUCUUGCAGAUGCAAUAUUUGAUGAGGAUGACACUAAGGGAUGUGAGAAGAAGCCAAACGGUGGCGAUGGAGUUGACAAUUUCAAUGAAGAAUCUGAAAUGCAUGAUGAGCCCCGGCCUUUAAAAAGGUUGCGGUUAAGAGGCCGUGAAGGGCAGACUUCAUCCUCUUCCAAUAAUAUUGAUACUAGUCUAUCAAGUUUGGGUGGAAGUUUUCUAAAAAUCCCAAAAGAGGAACAAGAUGCUGCUUCCCCUUCUUCCCUGCAGCAUCAGAACAUAGGUAAGCAACCUCUAUCACCUGCUGCGUUGAUGGUAGACCAUAGAGCAGAUUUGUCUCCUCCUCGUGCUACUGGGCCUAGAUCGAUUUCCUCUCCAUCUAAGAGGCCUGAACCUGAUUUGCGACAACCUCAAGUACGGGUUGGAGCUAAAGGAAAGGAGCCUCUCUCAUGUCAAGUUGCUCCUACGGAGAAGAGAGUCUCAAACACAGCAGUUUAUGUAUCUAAAAAGAGGAAAGCGCACAUAGUUGAACCUGGAAUUCUUCUUUUACCCAAACCGAAGGUGCCUGGUACCCAUGCUCUACUUAAGCCCAAGGAUGAGCCAUUUACAGAUGUUUUGCCACAGUAUGAAGUUCCAAUUGCAGUGAUUCAUCCAGAUUCGUCAGGUAAAGAAGAUUCAUCAGGUCAGGUUGUUUCAGGGCAGAAGCCAGAUGGUCAGGGACCUCCAGCAUCUGAGUCCGUAGCAAGAGAAAAUGGAGGCAAUGAUGAUUCAACUCCAUCAAAUGAGACGAUUACCCCCUGUGAGCUUGCAACAGUGUCGGCAGAAUCUCCUUCUAAGUUGGAGAUUGCCUCUUCAUCAAUGGGGGAGGUGAAAAUUUCUCUGAGUUGUGACUCUUUUCUUGAAAGGCCUGAUUUUCAUAUGCCUAGUAUAGAUGAACUUCUACAAUCAUUGGAGGAGAAAUGUCUCCGGUCAUAUAAAAUCAUUGACCCGAAUUUUUCCGUCAUGAAUUUGAUGAAAGAUAUGUGUGAGACCUUCCUGGAAUUGGCAACUGACAGAUCUAAUGAAUCACAGGAGAGGGUAAUGAAUAUAACGCCUGCAAUAGAUAUUUUGAAGAGAUCUACCGCACGAGAUGCACUGGAUAUUGGGGCUAAGGAAUAUAACAAUUGCGUCCCUGCAGCCAAUACUUCAAAUGGAAUGAUUGAUGAACAGGGUUCUGCGGAGGCUGUCCAUAGUUGUUCUGGUACAGCAGGAGAAAGGGAAUUGAGAGAGUCAGAGGCGGUGGACUCUUGUAGUUUGGUGGUUGUUCAGCAGCAUCAAUUAAUGCCUGAUGAUUUGAGAUUGCUGCAUGACGUUAAUGAUAUAUCCAAGGGAGAAGAAAGAGUUGAAAUCCCUUGGAUAAAUGAAAUCAGCAAUAGCUGUCCCCCAUCCUUUCACUACAUAUCCCAGAACCAAAUUUUUCAGAAUGCCCAUGUCAUUAUCUCUCUUUCUGGAAUUGGGGACAAAGACUGUUGCCCAACUUGUUACGGUGAUUGUUUGUCAUCGUCGAUUUCUUGUGGUUGUUCACAUGAUACUGGUCUUGAUUUUGCAUACAGUUCUGACGGCCUUAUCAAGGAGGAAUUUUUAGAAGAGUACAUCUCCAUUGCUCGUGAUCCUCAACAACAAAACCUCUCCUUUUGUCAAGAUUGCCCACUCGAAAAAUUGAAGAAUGAUGACAUUUUGGAACCGUGCAAGGGUCAUUUGAAAAGGCGAUAUAUUAAAGAAUGUUGGAGCAAAUGUGGUUGUCAUAAGCUUUGUGGCAAUCGAGUGGUGCAACGAAGGAUAAGUUGCAAGUUGCAGGUAUUCUUUACACCUGAAGGGAAAGGGUGGGGCCUUAGAACUCUACAGAAGCUGCCAAAGGGUGCAUUUGUCUGUGAGUAUGUUGGAGAAAUACUCACCAACAGAGAGUUAUAUGAGCGUAACAUCCAGGGUCGACAUGCUGAAAAGCUUACACAUACUGUUCCACUGGAUGCGUAUUGGUAUCUGAAACAUGAUUUGAAGGAAGAAGAAGCACUCUGUUUGGAUGCAUCCUUUUAUGGGAAUGUUGCCAGGUUUAUCAAUCACAGAUGUUUGGAUGCAAACUUGAUUGAAAUACCGGUGGAGAUAGAGACGCCAGAGCAUCACUAUUAUCAUCUUGCUUUAUUCACAACAAGAGAAGUGGAUGCCUUGGAAGAGCUAACUUGGGAUUAUGGUGUUGAUUUCGAUGACAAUGGCCUGCCUGGAAAGUUGUUCCAAUGCCAAUGUGGCAGCAAGUUCUGUAGGAACAUAAAGCGUUCAAGCAGAUCUAAGUCUUUAUCAAAUGCAAAAUGAUCAUACAUGAUCAAAAGGUCGGAUGACUGCUAUUUUGAUGUUAAAUUUUCUCCGGGUGACAGUAAUUUGGAAAGUAAUUUGGAUAUUUUUCAAUGAUGUCUGGAUGCCUGGCCUUAUUUGGUCCACUUUCCUUGAAGGGCUGUGUAUUUGCAGGUGGUGUAUGAUAGAUCUUACCUAGACAAAGAUUAUUGUUUCAUUCUCUAUGCUUUGAUAUCUUCUUUUUCACCGUAAUUGUACUCGUCUUCACCAAUUAAUUUCUACCAAGAACAGUUACAAUC